GUGAAGGAAAUUGGCAAACACAUGAAUGUCCAAUGCAUGGUCUCAACAGGCGGCACAAGCCUUCGAGAGGACAUUAUGCGUUUGUACAAUGAGGUCCAUGUAGUGGUGGCUACCCCAGGUCGUGUUCUCGACCUUGCCAACAAGAAUGUGUGCAACUUGAAGCAGUGCCACAUGGUUGCUAUGGAUGAGGCUGACAAGCUUCUCUGCCCCGAGUUCCAGCCUAUCAUUAAGGACCUCAUCAAGUUCCUGCCUCAAGAGAGGCAAAUCCUGAUGUACUCGGCCACGUUCCCGAUGACCAUCUUGGACUUCAAGAAUCGAUUUAUGGCCGAGGCGCAUGAGAUCAAUUUGAUGGACGAGCUUACCCUCAAGGGCGUGUCCCAGUACUAUGCUUUUGCGGAGGAGCGCCAGAAGGUUCACUGCCUCAACACCUUAUUUGCCAAGUUGCAGAUUAAUCAGGCAAUCAUUUUCUGCAACUCCGUGACGCGUGUGGAGUUGCUUGCCGAGAAGAUUACAGAGCUUGGCUUCUCAUGCUUCUUCAUCCAUUCGCGCAUGUACCAGUCUCACCGGAAUCGUGUUUUCCAUGACUUCCGGAACGGAGCUUGCAGAUGUUUGGUCUCUUCGGACCUUUUUACCAGAGGCAUUGACAUUCAGAGUGUGAACGUGGUGAUCAAUUUCGAUUUCCCCAAGAACUCCAAGACCUACCUGCACCGCAUUGGCCGCUGUGGCCGCUUUGGUCACCCGGGCUUGGGCAUCAAUUUUGUCACAUACGAUGACCGCUUCAACCUGUACCGCAUCGAGAAAGAGUUGGGCACAGAGCUGGAGCUCUGUGCCCAGUCUACCAUUGACCUUGCUCCAGUAGAGACUUGGUUCAACUUGCCCGACACCGUAGUGGACACCUUUGGGGAACACUUCAAGAACCAGCAGAACCAGGCCCUCAUCGAUGUGGACCCCACCACCUUCGAGACGCUGGAGCUGCCGCAUGAGGCGUCCACAUGGCCGCUGAGCUUCCACGAUGACUUGAAGCCAACUGCUUCAAGUCAUCGUGGAAGCUCAGCGGCCACGUGGGUGGCAAGCCUAUGUGCUGCAGAUGCAGGAGACCUACACGGCCUAUGCGAUAGCUGCGGUCAGCAAGCUCACGAGCAACAGGUGAUGCAGCAGAUGGCAAUGCAACAACAGGCCAUGAUGCAGCAGCAGAUGCAGAUGGGCAUGGGACAGAUGGGCCAGAUGGCUCCUAUGCAAAGCCCUUGGGUUAUCUACCACACUCAGCAAGGGCAGCCCUACUACUACAAUGAGCAAACAGGAGCAUUGCCCUGCCGGGCUGCAGGUGGCACCGGGCGGAAGUUGCAACAUGGCCAGGGCAUGAAUCAGAUGUGGUCCAACCAGAUGCAACAAAUGCCAUAUGGCUACCAGCAGACCUGGUAUGGCGCAUUGAGCUCGUGUGGCUCAUGCUAUGGACCUGGCCGUGAUCGACAGCCUUUGGAUUCAGUGUUGGUGAGUUUGUUUGACGUGAGCCCGCUGGGCGAUGCCGAUCCGGAGGCCAUUCGAGGUACCCAGCGGGGAACCAGAUUUUUGCAUGAAAGGCGGAUUGAAGAAGCAAUCCGCGAGUUUCAUAGCGUCUGCAACCGGGUGCCCAGGAAUGCUGCUGCACGUACCAACUUGGGCAGCGCCUAUUUUGAGCGUGGCGAUGAGGAUGCGGCCUUGCAUUGGUUUCGGUACGCCUAUCGUGGCUGGGCAGACGCUCCGGAAGUGGUGGUAUUGUUGGAGGAAUCUGAAAUGGAGGCAUACCCGUGUACCCCAAAAUCAUCCAAGUCACUGCUUUUGAUCAAUGGGAAAAAACAAUGUUUGGGUUCCUGUAUUUUAGGAAACCCCAAAUUCAAGGUUUGGAUGUGA